CUUGCACUUCUGACACCGCCAAUCAUUUCAUCUGCAUUUCUCUCUCUCACGUUAAGAAACAUUCAUUCCGAUUGUGAAAAUUUUCAAUUGGGUUGAUUUUCCGAGAAUUCAAGUUCACUUAGGGUUUUGAUUUGAAUUUUACCGGUUUGAUAGCUAUUUGAGAGAGAGAGGAAGUUAAGAGUUUCGGAUCUUCUUGUGAUUUGAAGAUACUUUGCAGCAUCGCAAUGGUUAACCCUAAGAAACAGCAAUGUGUUGACGAAAGCGAGAUUGGGGAUGAUCGUGUGGAUCAAUCCAAUGACGAUGUUUCCGAUGAUUCAUCAUCUGUUGGUGCCUCCUCGAGUAGUGUUGAAGCCUCUUCGAUUUCGGGACGUUCAAGAGGGAAUGGUGGUUCUGGUAUUGAGGUUGGGCUGACGGAGCGUUUGACGGACAUACUUUUGGAGGAAGGGGACGGUGAUCUGUUGCUUCAACAGAACGAUCGAGAAGAUAGGGUUGUACAGUGGCUCCAGGCUCUGGAUUUGCAACUUAUGGGGGCUUGCCGUGCUGAUGAAAGGUUAAAGCCUUUGCUGAAGCUGAAUGUCUCGAGUGGCGCGGCCGAGUAUCGUCUGCUGGCUCAUCUAAGCAAGCACUUUGAGCCAUCAGAAGUUGGUAUGCUAGCCAGGUGCUUGUGUAUUCCGCUUGUUUCUGUUCGAGUCGGAAAAAUUAACAAGCAAGGGACUAUCCUGUCCCCAACUUCUACAAGGGGGAACUUAAAUCUCACGCUCUUGCCAACAUCUGAUUUACGCAUCUCAUUCAUUGGAGAUGAUGGUCACACAGAGAGACUGUCAACCUUAACCAGUGAUUCCCGGUGCUCUGCUGUAGCUAUUGAAGAAAUCGUAGCAGACAAGUCUGGACGAUCAUUCCUGCUAAAGAUCCCAGAUGGUGAAGUUUUCUAUUUUUGGUGCUCAGAGAAGUCAAAGCUACUGGGGAUAGAGUUUCUUUCAAAGAUGAAGGAUUUACUUAAGAGGAAGCCCUCCCUAGCUGAACUAACUGGAAUCAGUGAGUCACGUCUCGACUCUUUUGUGACUCAUCUCCGAGCUUACCUUUUUGGGUCAGCAGUGACUGAAACUCGAGCAGGUGUGGUUGUCUCACUGCCUACUCCCUUGGGUACCACAUCAGGCUCUUCUGAGCUUUGUCAAACAGCUCAAUCCUUGCCUGCAUCAUCUAAGCCUGUUCGUUCCAGACAUUACAGUAGUCUAGCUGCAAAGACUAAUUCAGUAUAUCAGGGUAGCCUCAGUCCAAGGUCAAGUUCUUUUAAAGAGGGGCUGUCAAGAAAUUCAUCUUCCUUAAGAAGUGUUGCUAGAGAAAAGUUCAGGCAGCGUGGGGAUAAUAGCCAUCUUUCAGGUCUUGACAAUCUCUCUGUUGCUUCAGCAAUAGUAAUUGAUGCAUCUGGUUCAAAUCAUUCUGAAAAAGAUGAGCUUGUAGAAGCUACUUCAUCCAGCUCUUUUUCUCCAUCGAGUUUCCUGGAGUCACUUGGGAAAUCUGUUGUGCCGCCCUUUUAUAGCCAAACAUCCCAUGUCUCUUCCAUUGGUUCAACUCUUUUCUCUCCCUAUUAUUGUUGGUGCCCUCCCAUUGCAUCAACUCUGCAAUACACAGUAGCACUUCCACAACUGCCCAUCUCAUCAAAUGAAUCAUUUUCUUUACCACCACUUUCUUCUUUAUUAACAGCCACUAACUCUGCUAGUGUGUUGACAUCAACACCACCUCUGAAUUUGGCUGAUGUUCACUCUAUGGAUUUCCCACCUUUUCUUCCUGAAUCACCGGGUGGGCUAGUACAAAGUUCACUGCAGUUCCCAACCUUCACACCUUUUAUGUGUGACCCUAUUGUUCAUAUUCCAGUUAUCGAUGUUUGCUCCUCUGGCCAAGGUUACUUGGUCAGUGCAGGUCCUGCUAUUUCAACCACUAUACCUCCAUUGCAUCCAAAACUUGUGAACCCAUUGAUCCCGAAAACUGAUUCUGUGGUAGAAAUGGGUGCAAAAGAGACUCUGCGGUUGCUCAUUAGUAGUUCUAGCCAGACAAAUCCACCAUUGAUUGAUGUAAUGCCAUCUGUUUUAACCAAUACUGAUGAGAAACACAGAAUCUUUGUAGCUGGAAGCAGGGGUCUUUACCAUGGAACUACGGAUGUUGAUGCUAUUGCAAGCAGUAUCACAGCCUUGGGGUUGGUUGCCCUAUCUGAGAGAACUGUAGGAGACAGUGGUGUCAAGAGAUGCAUUAGUCAAGCCAAUUUGGUGGAUCAAUUUGAAGAUUCAGGUGGCCGGGGUGGAUCUUGUCCAGAUGAUGGUGUGUCCAAUUUACCAAAAUUUAGCAAGGAACGGAACGAUUGAAUUAAUGCUAUGUUUGUAUUUUUGUUUACUUUGUAGUUUCAUUUUUAGUUUUGGAAAUGUAGGUAUAUGGUUGUAGUUUUGUUCUGAACUGUAAUUAUCUUACAAAUUUAGCCAUUUUUAGCCGAAUUCUCUUUUGAUUGUUCUAGUUCUUGGACCAAUUUGUAAAUAAUUUUUGCAUCCUAUGGUUGUUGGUCA